UUCAAACAUGAAUAAAGUUUUGUUAGUAUUUUUGGGGCUUUUGGCCAUAACUUCAGCUGCUAGCGUGCAAAGGCACACGGCUAUUGAAGGUGUUAAAGAAGUUGUUCAACAAAAAGGAAUAGCGAAGAGAGAUCUUAUUCUGAGUGUAUCAUGGAAACCAAUUGUGGAAAACUUUAUCAAAAAAUUGAAACCAAUCGUAAAAGAUGAAAUCACCUUAACGCUGAAUACGUCAAUUGCUGACCUUGAUCUAAAAAUUACAAAUUUUACCAUCGACAAUCUUAAUGAAGCCGUAGUAAAAAAGCUCACCGUUGACUACACUCUCCGUCACUAUGUAAAAUUUAACGUUCUUAUACCAAAAGUUAUCCUAACUGGCAAAAUUUCCGCUAAUGCAACAAUUGAAAUUUUGAAAAAAUUUGGAAUUAAAUUAAAUCGUAAACUUGAAGGUGAUUUGCAAUUGGAUAUGGAAGAAGUCAUAUUUGCAGGUUCUUUUAAAUAUAAAUGGCCACUAAUUCCAUUUAGAGGAAGUAUCAAAAUCUAUAAAUUUGAUGCCACGAUUGAUGUUACUAAUGUUGUGUCGAAAAUUGAUGGUGUUUUUGGUGGUAACAAAGUUGAUCAAUUGUUUAAUACUGCUGUUGAAGUGGCAGUAAUGAAACUUAUUACUUCGGAGCAGGAGAAAAUUAGUGAAAUACUUCAAGAUACUUUAGUACCGUUUGUUAAUGACAAAUUGGAUGGCGAAAAUAUUUGGACAAUUAUUGGAUAGGUUUUGAAAAGUUUAUAAAUAUUUAGAAAAUUAUAUAUUAUUUUGAAUGUGAAUUUUGUAUUUUAACUUAGUUUUAUAUUAAUUUUUGUAAUAAAAAAAAAAACAAGUCUAUUUCUUG